AACCAGGAUCAUCAGAAAUGACAAUUCCAUUGGGAAUAGAAUUUGAUAACCUAGAAGUAACACUACUUGCAGAACAAUUACAACGAAUAACAGUUGCAGCUGAACAUGAAAUACCAAAAAACAAACAGGAACAGAAAUUAAAUCAACUAUAUUUGGAAGCAAUACAAAGAGAAAUAAAUCAAUUUAGAAAACAAGUGAUAGGGAAAGAUAAUACUAAAAAGGAUAAAAAAGGAAAAGCUAAAAGCUUAAAUAUUACCUUUAACCAACAAGAGAGAAGCAAAGUCAAAUCACCUAAAAUUGGAACAUUUAUCAAAACACAAUUGUCACAAUUGAAUCAAAUCCUACAACAAGAAAAAGAACAAAAAGAUCCUAAAAUUAGAACCGGAUUAAGACAGCUGAAACAACAAUUAAAAAGUAUGAAAACAAAUUAUAAAUAUGUUUCCCAAUUAUCAAGACAACAAACUAAUGAACAUAUUAAAGAAAUCGAAAGGGUUAUGAAUAGAAAAAUAAAAGAAGCAGAAACAACUGAAGAUAAAAAAAAUAGAGAUCUAGUGAAAGAUAUAGAAGAAGAUUAUGCAUAUACAACUAAUGCUGCAUUAAACCUAGAUAGAAAAGACUUUGAAGAAAUGCAAGAACAAAUGAAACAAUGUGAAAGCGAACCAUUACGAGAACAAUAUCAAGCAAAAUAUAGAGAACUAUUGGGAGUAUCUCUAGAAAAUCUAGAUAAAAUGCAUGAUAUAGAAGAUGAAAAAGAAUGA